AACCAGUCAACCACCUCCCAGACAAAAAAAAACAAAAAGCGUUUUCUCAACUGCGUGAUCGCAAAACGCAGUUGCAGCGUACUAGGUACAUGAAUCCAAAGCUAGACAGAUAGAUCUCGACGAGGGAAAGAGAGCCAAGUAGCUAGUAGUUGCAUGAUCGAAGCUGGACAAAAAUUUAGUUGUCUCGACAUAUCAGCCGACUGUGUCUUCAGUUAUGGAACCAAUUCCGCCAUCUCCAAUCAUAUGGCCAAAUGGUGGUGUCCUCACAAACGAAUGGGUACAUGGGUUAAUGUCUUCUUUCGAAUGGUCUUCAUGGAAUCUCCCUCCUUCCCAGUUACCAUCACUAAUGCCAGUUAAUGUCAUCGAUUCCCUCAUCCUCACGGCUUCCAAAAUCCUCCACAAAGAGCGUAAUUGUGUUCAUGUCGAUGAUCUUGACUCUGAAUCCAAGGUUGUUGUGGUAGGAGACAUUCAUGGCCAACUCCAUGACCUUCUCUUUUUGUUGAAAGAUGCUGGCUUCCCUUGUCAAAACCGGUUUUAUGUAUUCAACGGAGACUAUGUUGAUCGUGGUGCUUGGGGACUUGAGACAUUCCUUCUCCUCUUGUCAUGGAAGGUUUUGAUGCCUAACAGAGUCUACCUUCUUCGUGGUAAUCAUGAAUCGAAGUAUUGUACGUCUAUGUACGGUUUCGAAAAUGAGGUGCUUACAAAAUAUGGUGACAAGGGAAAACAUGUGUACCGCAAAUGUUUGGGUUGCUUUGAGGGUCUACCUUUGGCUUCUAUAAUUUCGGAACGUGUUUAUACAGCACAUGGAGGACUUUUCCGUAGCACAGUAUUGCCUAAGAGAGCAAGGGGAAAGAAAAACCGUCGAGUGCUUCUUCCAGAACCUGAACCGGCUUCAUUGAAACUCGGAACUUUAGAAGAGUUGAUGCAAGCUCGAAGAUCAGUUCUAGAUCCUCCUUGGGAAGGUUCAAAUUUGAUUCCUGGAGAUGUUUUGUGGUCUGAUCCUUCAAUGAUUCCAGGCCUUGCACCAAACGAACAACGAGGCAUUGGUCUUCUUUGGGGUCCGGAUUGUACAGAGGAGUUUUUGAAGAGAUUUGAACUAAAGUUAAUCAUCAGAUCACAUGAAGGUCCAGAUGCUAGAGAGAAGAGAGUUGGACUAGCUGGGAUGGACAAAGGAUACACAAUAGAUCAUGAGGUUGAAUCCGGAAAGCUUAUCACUAUUUUCAGUGCUCCAGACUAUCCACAAUUCCAGGCAACAAAAGAGAGGUACAAAAAUAAAGGAGCAUAUAUUAUAUUGCAGGCUCCUGAAUUCUCCGACCCUCAGUUUAAAAGUUUUGACGCAGUUACUCCACGGCCAAAGGCACAUCCAUAUUAUGAUUUUGAGAAUGUGAUUGAUUCUGAUGAUGAGAUGGAUAAGUCGGCAAUGGACACCAACGACGAACAACCAAAUCACUGAUCGUGACAAUAGCUGAAAAGGAGAAUCUUGAAGUGAAGAUUUUUUUAUAGUUUUUAUGAUUGAUCAUCAUUUGACAACAAAAGAAAAAUGGAACCAGAUGUAAAAAAAAAAAGAGAUGAUGGAAAUCAAACUGUUAUUUUAAGUUGAGAGACUAUUGGUAGAAUUAACAUUUCAGUUCUUUAUGUUAUGGUUAAGGGUGUUUUCUCAUGUGUAAUCUGUUGCGGAAGCAAAGCUUGAAAUAUAACUUACUGUCGACCUUACACUAAAGCUUUUAAUGAAUGUUUUCAAAAUCAUCUCUCAACAACACCGAUAUUGUUAGAAAUCCUG